AUGAGAGGAGGCCAAGUAAAGGCCCCGGAGAAAGGCACCCAUGCCCUCUGCCCAUCCUUAGCCCUCAUGAAGCAGCUGGGCUGGAACAACGAGGAGAAGCAACAGCAGCACUGUGCAGGGGCCCACAGGAAGGUUCGCAGCGUGCCCCCGAGACUGCAGGCAGAUUGUGUGCACCUACAAGUGUGCCUACACUAAGUGUACAUCUACAUGUGUGCAUGUACUGUGUGCAUCUACAUCUACACGUGUGCGCAUAGUGUGUGCACCUACAUCUACAUGUGUGCCUACACUGCAUUGUACAUUUACUCAUGCACACAUGCUGUGUACAUCUACAUCUACAUGUGUGCAUAUACUGUGAGCAUCUACAUCAACGUGUGUGCCUAUGUACAUCUACAUGUGUGUGCAUGUGUGGUGUGCACCUACAUCUACACGUGUGCCCAAACUGAAGGCGAGUCCGGGGAGCCCACGAGGCGCCGCACAGCCGUGCACCUGCCGGGGCAGAGCCCACAGGCAGCCGUGACCCUGAGCCGGAGCCGCCCAUUCCGACUCCCUGCGCCCCCGUGUCCUGGCACAAAGCCGGACCUGGCGGGCAGUGGGCGGCCGCACACGGUCCGCUCCGCGCCGACGGCCCCCCUUCAGGACGCCGACGAGCCCCGGCCCGCCUGGCGCCCACCUCGACCCCAAGCAGCAAGGUCCUUCCGCGGCCAGGCCCCCACCGCAGCCCGCCUGCCCCGAAAAAGUCCCGCCGACUGCACGCGGCACGCUGGGAGGCCCGGCUCUGCCCACAGGGCCAGCGCGGGAUCCCGCGCGGUCUCCCAGCUAUGGGAUUGGGUCCGUGGCGCGAGGAGCCCCAUCCCCAAGUCAGCCGGGUCGGAGGAGAGCUCCCUCCUGCCCCGCGGUUUGCAGCUGGAGCCGACCUUUGGUACCUGA